AUGACUACAUUCUGCGGUAUACAAAUACAAGGAAUACGCUCAUUCCAUCCAGAUAGUCCAGAAUUAAUUGAACUCAACCCGCCAUUGACUGUUAUUGUUGGACAUAAUGGUGCCGGAAAGACUACUAUCGUCGAAUGUUUACGAUAUGUAACUACGGGAAAACUUCCAGGCGGUACUUUCGUCCAUGAUCCAAGAAUGUUACAUCGAUCUGAAGUUAAGGCGCAAGUUCGUCUGCUGUUCAAAGACGAAAAAGAUAACAAGUAUCUAUGUUGUCGGUCUUUGAGUGGCGCUGCUACUGGAAAGGGCAAAGGAACUUCUACUAUAUCACAGAAAUCGGUUGAUGGUGUGUUUGCCAUUCACAAGUCAGACGGCGAGCAAAGAAGCGUGACAAUGAAAUGUAGUGAUUUGGAUCUUAAAGUGAGAAUGCUUCUUGGAGUUCCAAAAACAAUUCUCGAGAGUGUUAUCUUUUGUAUACAGGAAGAUUCGAAUUGGCCCCUGGCGGAUCCUGCAACUCUGAAAAAAAGAUUUGAUGAAAUUUUUGGUUUGGACGGGUGGAAAGCAACGCUAGAUACUUUUAAUGUUCCAGAGAAAAAACUACUCGAGAGGCAAAAAGUGACUCACACACAAUUACAGUAUCUAAGGACUGAGAAAGACACGGCCGAACAGACUAGGCAAAGGUUACGAGGGUAUCAAGCGGAAAAAGCCAGAUGUGAGCAAAUUUCCGCUGAUCUUGAUCAACGUAUCGAGCAAGUCGAGACACAAAUCGCUACUCUGGAGAAUCUCCGAGAUACUUUUAAAGAAAAAGAGCAUGACAAGAUUAUGCUUGAAAAGGCUGUCAGCAGCCUCAGAGAGCAUACGAAUGCGUUACAAGCAUCCGAUGAGGAGCUUGAAAUGGAAUUCGUUCGUUACAAUGAGGAGAUUGAUAAGCGCGAAAUGCGUCGUGAAGAACUCAAGGCAAAUGUAGGGCGUAUACGUAACGAAAAGCAGCAUUACGAAAAUCAGAUAAUGGAAAUGGAAAAACAAAUGACCAGACAUUCUAUGAACAUCGAAAACCAUAAACAAAGAAUUGCGGAAUUCGAACAGGCUUUCAGGGACGAAGCGCAUUCCUUAAGAGAUUCUGUUCAGAUUUUUACAGAUGCUUUCAAGUCUCCAACGCUUAUUUCCCAGCAAAAGGGUGAAUUAGUUAAAAGGAAAAAUCAAAUUGAAGUCUUCUUCAAACAGCUAAAGGCGGAAGCUCAUCAGCGUGAGCAAUAUUUUGGACGCGAACUCCGCGAACUGUUUACGGGAUUGAAUAAUGCCAAGUUCCGUCGCACCAACUUUGUGAAUGAGAUAGACAAGUAUCGUCAGCAUAUCAACAAUCGUAGAGUGUAUAACAGGAAGCACCAAGAACUGGCAGAUGAGCUUGCUUCAUUGCGUAAGAAACUAGAAAAGGAGAAAGAAGACCUUGACCAUGCAGAAAAGGCUCUCAAGGAAUUAGUCACAACUAGCGAUAAAGACGAUCAAACCGACACUUUAAAUGAGCUUAGAUCUGCUGCGCAAGAUCGCCGCGCGCGGUUGAGUAAGAUGCACAGCGAGAUGGAAUUUUUUAACAGAAUCAGCAGGCUUCGUGAUGAAAGAGACCAAAAGGCCGCAAAAGCGGACCGUCUUCGUAACGACUACAAAGAAGAAUUCCGAGAAGUUCAAGGAGGAAUGUAUAGCGAGAGCACGCUUAUUGGUGAUAUCAACGCGAAAAUGGAAGGGCAAGAUACGAUACAACGUGAUCUUCUCGAGAAAGAGAAAAAGUUGGAAGAUUUAGAAAUGCGCCGUCAACUUGCUAAGGCAGCAGAGGCUCAAGUUAGGAAGCAUCGUCAGGAGUUCCAAAGGACGCUAUCUAAUCUUGCUGGUGAUAUGUUUCUUGGUGAGGCUAUACUAGAAUCAGAACGAAAAAUCAAUAGUGCCCGGGAUACACUCCGGCUUAUCGGCGCAGUGGCCGUAUUCGCCGAUAAGGCUUUGGAGAUUUUUGAUAAUCAACGUAAAUGCUUUGGUUGCAUGCGACCAUUAGACGGUGGUGAAAGCGAGAAAGAGUUCAUGAAAAGAAUAAAAGAAUUUAGGUCAGCUGAAGAGGCGCCAGCAUUCAUUGAGAAUAAGGCCAUUCUUGAGCGACAUACAGAGAGAUUACGGGAACUUCAAUCAUUAACUCAGUGGGAUGAGCGAUUGCAGAGAGAAGAGGAAGAGUUUCAGUCCGAGUAUAACUUGGAUGAUCUUGAGACAAACAUCUCUCAAUUAAAAUGUGAAAUUCAGAGUCUACAUACAGACUUGAAUAACUUGGAAGAUCUUUCAAACUUAAAGAAGACAGCAGAAAACAUGCUCGGGCUGGAGGCAGAAGUAGAGCAGCUGAGUAAAGAAAUAGUGGCAAGUGAAGUAAAUCUUGCAGAUUCUGGUUCGGCAUCAGAUCCUGUGAGAACAACAAGCGAACUACAGGACAUUGAACAAGAAAUUAACAAAAUUCAAGACGAAAAGGAUAAGGUCCAAAAGAUGAAAAUUACGAAAAUGCAACAAGUGUCACAAUAUACAAAGGUUUGUCAAAAUCUUCAAGAUCAAAUCACAGAGAGAGAGAGAUAUUUAAAAGAUGCUACCGAGAAGAUGACCCUUGCAGAAGAGGCAGAAGCGUCGAGUAAGAGAGCCCAACGCGAGAAAGAGGAAGUAGACAAGCAAAUUGUGCAGCUUGAAGAACAGGAAAGGAAAUUAAAUCAAGAGGCAAACGCUUUUAGAGAGAAAACAAAGUCAAAGGAGGAAAACUACAAUAAAAUGCUCCAGCAAAUAAAUACUUGUUUGGAAAAGCUUAUUGCUGCAGAGCAUGAAUACGAACGUUUUCAACACGAGAACGGUGAACAGCAAAUGAAAGAACUGGAAACAAGAAUUAAAGAUGUCCAAUUACAUUCCGAGCAGAAAUCGGCCGACGAACGAACUGUUCAGCAUGAAAUCGAUUUUUUUGAGAGCCAGUUUGUACAGGUUUCCAAGCACAAGAUUAACAUAGAAAGGAACAUUGAGCUUAGAAAAACUCUGCGCGAGUUGGAAACGACCAAUAAUCAACUUGACGAUAUCCGCAAUGAAAUUCGCAAUCAAUUUGGAGAUAGUACCGAUCCGUAUAGAGAUUUAAAAACUAUCCGAGAUAACUAUAUGAAAGAGCGCUCAAAAAAUGCGGGGAUAUUACAAGCAAACACGGAGAACAUAGCUCAGACUCAAGAUGACAUCAGGAGUAGAUAUAUGAAUACUGAUGAAAACUAUAAAGCGGCCAAAAUUGAAGAUAUUAUUAUUAAGACUAGACUUGAAGACUUGAAGAGAUUAAAGACAGAAUUAGAAACAGGGUUAUUGACUGCGCACGCCAAACAAAUGGACCGAAUAAAUAAAGUCAUUGCUGACUUGUGGAGAAAGACUUACAGAGGCGACGACAUCGACUUUAUUGCAAUAAAAGCAGAUGCUGAGGGGAAAGCAGCACGCUCAUUUAACUACAGAGUAUCAAAAGUGAAGGGUUCUGUCGAAAUCAGUAUGAAGGAAGGCAGUAGUGCUGGGCAGAGGGCACUAGCUUCAAUUAUCAUACGAUUGGCACUUGCCGAGGCUUUUGCAGGACACUGUGGAGCGUUGGUUCUUGAUGAACCAACGGCAAACCUUGAUGUUGAAAAUACCGAAAGUUUAGCAACAAGUCUGGGAACGUAUGUAUUUGAUUUAGUACAUCGAAUCAAGUCUCGUAAUAGGCUAAAGAUGGAUUAUUUUCUUGUAUUAAGCAUCAUCAGGGAUCGUCGUUACGAGCGCCCAAAUUUCCAGCUCAUAAUUGUCACUCACAACAAAAACUUUGUGAGGAUGCUGGGAGCGAAUAGUCUGUCCGACACAUACGUUGUAGUGGAUAAAGAUUACAAGUAA